AUUCUCGCGCGGUAGCCAAUCGAAGAGGCGAAGGCGUUCUUCUUCGUCCAAUGGAGAAAGCGUAUUUGAAGAAGCGGUGGUCAGGCUUGUGUUUCUUGUGGCCGACUAUCGACCGGAAGAGCAGGAGGUUGUUCAGAUCCAUUGAUUGUUGCAGAGAAGCUACAGGUGUGUUGUUCCAGGGCUGAAUGAUGGCAACUAACAACAGUAUUGGUAUACUGAAUUCUGCUUACCUGACUGUAGAGUAUAUAGACUCUUUCUUGCCUGAGAACCCGCUACAACAGCCAUUUAAAAAUGCGUGGACAUAUAUGCUGAAUAACUACACCAAACUCCAGAUUGCAAUCUGGGGAUCACUUCUCUUUCAUGAACUUUCCUUUUUUUUACUAUGUGUGCCUGGAUUUAUAUUUCAGUUUAUACCUUACAUGCAAAAGUAUAAAAUACAACAGGAUAAACCAGAAACCUGGGGAAAACAAUGGAAGUGUUUCAAAAUACUUAUGUUCAAUCAUUUUUGUGUUCAGUUGCCUCUGAUGUGUGGUGUCUAUCCUUUCAUAGUAUAUUUUAAUAUUCCUUAUGAUUGGGAAAGUAUGCCAAGAUGGUGUGUGAUACUUUCCCAGUGUUUUGGAUGUGCUGUGGUUGAGGAUGCCUGGCAUUAUUUUCUGCAUAGACUUCUGCAUCACAAGAGAAUAUAUAAGUACAUCCACAAAGUGCAUCAUGAGUUUGUUGCUCCCUUUGGCAUGCAAGCUGAGUAUGCACAUCCGCUGGAAACCAUUAUCCUUGGAGCUGGCUUUUUCAUUGGAAUACUGAUCUUUACUAAUCAUUUGAUUUUUAUUUGGGCGUGGGUAAUUUGUCGCUUGACUGAGACCAUUGACGUCCACAGUGGCUAUGACAUUCCUCUGAAUCCUUUGCAUUUGGUGCCUUUCUACGCUGGGGCUCGCUUUCAUGACUUCCAUCAUAUGAACUUUAUUGGCAACUAUGCUUCAACCUUCACAUGGUGGGAUAAAUUAUUUGGUACAGACUCACAGUAUGAAUCUUAUAAAGCGAAAGUGGAGAAACAAGAAUGCGUGGGGGAAAGGAAAACCAAAUAAAUUUUCCACUAGAAAUAUACGGGGACCACCAUUCAUACUCGAAUGGCUGCCAUGAACGUUUGGUUAAAACUAGGAGAUUUAACACAUGUUGCAAAUCCCAAACAAAAUGCUGCUUUUAACUGAAGCCUAAGAACAUCCCUACUGAGCCCUGGCUAUGUAAGAGGGAAACCCAUUUAUAUGUUUUAUCUUCUUCUUGGGAAUGCAUUUUCUAUUUUAUACACAAGUAAAGCACAUAUAUUUCAGUAAAAGUCAAAGAUGAGGGCCACACAUUUGAAAUUUAUAAAGAAGACUGUAUCUAUUUAGAUCAAAGUUUGUAAAAGAGCAAUGUAUCCAUAGCGUUGGAUCAAAGUGUUUAUACAAUAUUUGGAUUCCAAAUGUUAGGUUUCUCCUGAAAUUUGCAAAGUAUAUAAUCAUGAGAACUAGUUUUGUGAGUUGCUCAGUGAAACUUCCUUGGGAGCAAAAGUACUGAAGAGCUUUUGCAAGCAAUUUGCACAUGUUAAUUGCUGUAGUUUUCAAAACAUUUCCUAGUCUGGUGACAAAAGAUUUUUGGAUUUGAGAGAACAAGUUUUUUCCCCUUAAAUAUGUUGGGAGGAGCUUUUUUAAAUUCUGUUUUACUAAAUUCUGUCUAUGUAUGUAGUGUUCAUCAACAACUAUUUGCAAACUACUGAAUGACUGCUAUAUUUUACACUUGUGGUUGGCAAAAAAUGUAAUGGUAGUCUUACAUUCUCGUGUUUACCAUGCAACCAAUAAAUAAAUAAAGACUUCAACUAUA